UUUAUCAUUUACGGUUUAGACGAUACAUUGUUUGUUUUUUUUAUUCAUUUUGGGGUAUUUAAAUAAAGCAGGCACAGUCAUGCAAAGUCGGAGUGUUUCAGAAGCGAACAUAGCUGCUCAACAUGUGAAUAAAAAAGGACUGCGAAUAUGUCAGAGACAUUUGUAAUUAAGCAUUUGUCUAGCGGAAGGUUCAUCCAUCCAAGUGGCGGUUGGAGUAACCCUGGCGACGGAACUAACCUUGACCUGCAUAGCGCCAUACAUGACAGAAUGCACUGGCGAUUUGUACCGGUGGUAGAUCACUGGGGAUACAUUGAGCACGUGGCAAGUGGCAAGGUCGUACAUCCGAGGGGAGGGAGUUUGACACCUGGGGACCACACAGACCUGGUAGUCGACAGUGCUCGGCAUUGGGGAGCGCUGUUUGCUCUCGACUGUAACAACCAUCACGUGAUUCACAAGGGAGGAAAGUUUGCACAUCCAAAAGGUGGCAGACCAGACGCAGGAGACCAUACAACUAUUAACCUUCACUGGGAACAGCACGAUGCCAUGAAGUUUGGAUUUUUCUCGCCUAGCAAUCCGAAUAAAGAGGUGCUUGUUUACGGCUUCCCGAAAAUGUUCGGAAAGUGGAAAAUCAUCCAUAUGGUUCUUAACCCGUCGGCAGAGCAUACGUUUACACUAGAGGUCAAAGUUGGCAUGUCCAAGACUGAGAGCAAAACAAGCGGAUUUGAGUACAGCUGGGAGAGCUCUGGUGGUGUCAACAUCGAAAUUCUCAGUUUGUCAGCUUCGCAGUCCAUCAAAUACAUGAUGGAACAAACUUCCUCCCAGACCUGGUCCAACGAAACGACCACAACAUCUCAAAUCAAUGUGAAACCUGGUCAAACAGUGGUCACUUGGCAGUGGGUGUUUGACGUGGAGCAAAACGAAAACAAGUCUGUGUUCCAGAGCAACCUUCUGGCCGACACUGGAAGUGAGACCGAGGUACCCAGAGACCUGCAGUACAAGGUCUAAACAGGACAGGAUAUGGAAUCUCUCGUUAAACGCCUUUGUGCUGCGUAGAUCUGUGUUCGUCUGCAAAUGAACGAGUUAAAUUCAAAUAAAAA